AUGCAGGUUCAUGCAGUACAGGUUGGCUGCAAGUUCUGUAGUGGCCCGCACUACAGUACAAACUGUAAUGUGGGAGGAAUGUUUGCUUCACCUUCCACUUCUUCUCAUUCUCCACCUUUUAUUGUUUCUGCUGACCCUAAAUGGGUAGAUUCAAGCAGGAAUGCUGAAGCUACCAAGGCGAAGGAACCAGAGAAGGAAGAGGCCAAGGAGAUUCCACUAAGGGAAUACCAGCCUAAAAUUUCGUAUCCUGUUGGAUUAAAGCAAGCGCAAGUCGAGCAGCAGUUUGGUAAAUUAUUGGAAAAUUUUAAACAACUGCAUAUAAACUUAUCUUUUGUUGAAGUUAUUUCGCAGAUGCCUAGGUAUGUGAAGUUCUUAAAUGAGAUUCUUAACAACAAAAGGAAGUUUGAGGACUUGGAGCGCGUGACGCUAAACAAGGAAUGUUCAACAAUUUUCCAAAACAAGUUACCAGAAAAGCGACAUGAUCCAGGGAGUUUUACUAUUCCUUGUGUUAUAGGUAACUUAUCUGUUAAUGAUGCUUUAGCUGAUUUAGAGGCUAGCAUAAAUGUAAUACCAUACAACCUGUUUGUAGAGUUAUGGUUGGGAGAGACCAAGCCCACUAGGAUGAGUAUACAGUUAGCUGAUAGAUCUGUUAAGUAUCCUAGGGGUAUUGUAGAGAAUGUGCUAGUAAAAGUAAACAAAUUUAUAUUUCAUAUUGAUUUUGUGAUCUUGGACAUGGACGGUGAGAGUAGUGUACCCUUAAUUCUAGGUAGACCUUUGUUUGCAAUAUUUAUGGCAAUGAUAGAUGUUUGUGAUGGAAAGUUAAAACUUAGGGUAGGGGAUGAGACUGUCACCUUUGACUUGCAUAAUUCCAUAAGCCAGUCUCUAGAUCAUAAUAAUGUUGUGUAUGCUAUUAAUGUAUUUGACGAUGCUAUUGAGACACAGUUAUAG